GUUACACUCAGAGAAUACUAAGGUUUGGAAAUGCCAACUCAGUAUAAAAAAUUGGAAAUCUAUUUCCAGAUGAAAGGUCAAGAUAUCUAAAUAUUAUACUUUCAACUUUAAUUUCAAUUCAAUUUAAAGCGAAUAUUCAUGCGAAAAAAAAACAAGUAAUGUUAGGAGCCACAGUUGAAUAUUAUUUAUAAAACGGCGCCACCAUACCGUGGCCUGGACAACUAUAUUCGUGGAUCAGUUUCUAUUUGACUUUCAUCCCCGUUACAAUAAUUACAUUGGCAUACAAUGGCUUUGGCUGAAGUAUGCGGCUUUAAAGAUUUCAGUUUCUCUAAGAAAGUGGAAGAUGUGAAGCCUAAUGAUGUUUUUAGUUAUAACAGAAAUAUCUUUAACAAUUCGCAACUUGAACUUCCUCCUUUCAGCAAUGUAAGAAACGUACAUUUCACUGCUUGCUUAGCAAAUUUUACCCGCGACGAUGCCGGCCGCGACAUAAAAAUUCAGUUUGAUCAUGGUACUACGACUUUGGGGUUCAUAUAUGAAGGAGGGGUUGUAUUGGCAGUGGAUUCCCGAGCAACUGGCGGCCAGUUCAUAGGUUCUCAAACGGUCAAGAAGGUUGUGGAAAUUAGCGAUUUUCUGUUAGGCACAUUGGCCGGAGGUGCUGCGGAUUGUGUUUAUUGGGACCGUGUUUUAGCAAAACAAUGUCGAUUAUAUGAGUUGAGAAACAGAGAACGCAUUUCUGUAGCAGCUGCAUCCAAACUGAUGGCAAACAUGAUUUACAAUUACAAGGGAAUGGGUCUCAGUAUAGGCAUGAUGCUUGCUGGCUGGGAUAAAAGGGGUCCCCAGUUGUAUUAUAUAGAUUCUGAAGGCACUAGAACACCUGGCAAGGUUUUCAGUGUUGGUUCUGGUUCAAUUUAUGCUUUUGGUGUAUUAGAUUCCGGUUAUAAAUGGCAUUUAACUGAUGAAGAAGCUUAUGAUUUAGGUCGUAGGUCCAUUUAUCAUGCCACUCAUAGGGAUGCAUAUUCUGGUGGGAUUGUUAGAGUCUAUCAUAUGAAAUCGACUGGUUGGAUACACAUUGAUAAUAAUGACUGUAAUGAUCUACAUUACAAAUACAAAGCUGAGAAGGAGGAAUUGGAAAAAGUUUAAUCAAUAUUGAAUACAUUAUAAGUGCUUUUGUUGAAAAAAAAUUGUAUUCUCAAAUAAAAACCGAAUU